AUGCAGUCUAUUCUGGUCCCGCAAACAGAAGAGCGUGAGCAAGCGCUGACUUUCAAGGCGCCACCGUGUAGGCUGAGCAGCAAUGAGUUUAAGGCCAAGUUUAGCGGUAUCUACGAACAUGGGACAUGGGUAGCGGAGAAGGUUCUGUUGGAAGGAAUAUCUGAAGCGGAUACGUCAAUCGAUCGCUUAGCUAGCAGAAUGAAGAAAGUCGUUAACGAGGCUGGGUAUGACACGCGACUGGCCCUACUUCGUUCGCAUCCCGAACUGCAGGGAAGGCUGACGUUGGCUGGUAAACUGUCAGCGGAUUCGGCAUCCGAGCAAGCCAGUGCCGGAUUGUAUAACUGCUCACCUGAAGAAUUCGCCGAGUUCCAACGCCUUAACGCCAGGUACCGGGCCAAGUUUGGCCAUCCGUUCCUCCUGGCUGUGCGUGGCUUGACCCGCACUGAAGUCCUGGAGAAGUUUGCCGCGCGAAUCGAGAACGAUGCGAACACCGAGUUCUCCAACGCCUUCCAACAGAUCCACAGAAGAGCUCGUCUGCGUCUGGAUAGAAUGGGCAAAGCUGAAGUCUCCAAGCUGUGA